GGGAAUCCAAGGUGUACCAGCAUUUCCUGGCCGGGGCUUCUUGUGUGGUUGACUGUUGAGUUUCCAUCUGCUUGGUGUUUGAUUCCUAGCCUACAUACAGGCCCUCUUCUGAGUUUUGCCCUCUCUUCCUAGAAGCUGGCUGGCAUUUGACCCACCAUGGUACCUACAGAAUUCACAAGCCUUAUUCCCAAUAUGUCUGAUGACUACAGCUAUGAGUCUACUGCCAUGGAUGACUACAUGAAUUUCAAUUUCAGUAGCUUCUUCUGUAAGAAAAACAAUGUCAGGCAGUUUGCAAGCCAUUUUCUCCCACCCCUGUACUGGCUUGUGUUCAUCAUGGGCACCCUGGGGAACAGCCUGGUCAUCCUUGUCUACUGGUAUUGUACAAGAGUGAAGACUAUGACUGACAUGUUCCUUGUGAACUUGGCAAUUGCUGACCUUCUCUUUCUCGCCACUCUUCCGUUCUGGGCCUUAGCUGCUGCUGGCCAGUGGAAAUUCCAGACCUUCGUGUGCAAAGUUGUCAAUGGCAUGUACAAGAUGAACUUCUACAGCUGUGCAUUACUGAUUACAUGCAUCAGUGUGGACAGGUACCUUGCCGUUGUGCAGGCCAUGAAAGCUCAGACCUGGAGACAGAAAAGGCUUCUGUACAGCAAAAUGGCUUGUUUUGCCAUCUGGGUGUUGGCAGCCACGCUUUGCACCCCAGAACUAUUGUACAGCCAAAUCAGUGGUGAGUCUGGCACUGCGGUCUGCACUGCAGUCUACCCUAGCCACGAAAGUGCCAAGCUGAAGGCAGCCAUCUUGAUCCUCAAGGUCAUCCUGGGGUUCUUCCUUCCUCUGGUGGUCAUGGGCUGCUGCUACUCCAUCAUCAUCCACACCCUGGUGCAGGCCAAGAAGUCCUCCAAGCGCAAGGCCCUCAAGGUGACUGUCACUGUCCUCACGGUUUUUAUUGUGUCUCAGUUUCCCUACAACUGUGUUCUCUUGGUGCAAGCCAUUGAUGCCUAUGCUAUGUUCAUUUCCAACUGUGCCAUUUCCACCAACAUUGAUAUUUGCUUUCAGGUCACUCAGACUAUUGCUUUCUUCCACAGUUGCCUGAACCCUGUUCUAUAUGUCUUUGUGGGUGAGAGAUUCCGUCGGGAUCUGGUGAAAACUCUGAAGAAUUUGGGAUGCAUCAGCCAGGCUCAGUGGGUUUCAUUCACAAGGAGAGAGGGUAGUUUGAAGCUUUCCUCCAUGUUGCUGGAGACAACCUCAGGGGCACUCUCCCUCUGA